AUGUGUAUUGAUUAUCGCCAGUUGAACAAGGUUACAGUGAAGAACCGUUAUCCUUUUCCUCGUAUUGAUGAUCUGUUUGACCAGCUUCAAGGCGCACAGGUGUUCUCUAAGAUUGACUUGCGCUCAGGUUACCAUCAGUUGAAGAUUCGGGAGCCAGAUAUCCCGAAGACUGCCUUCAGGACUCGAUAUGGUCAUUACGAGUUCCUUGUUAUGUCAUUUGGGCUGACCAAUGCCCCAGCAGCUUUCAUGCAUUUGAUGCACAAUGUGUUCAGGCCAUAUCUGGACUCGUUCGUUAUUGUUUUUAUUGAUGAUAUUCUGGUGUAUUCCCGGAGUCGGGAAGAUCAUGAGCAGCACUUGAGGACCGUGCUUCAGAUCCUGAGAGAGAAGAAGCUAUAUGCAAAGUUCUCAAAAUGUGAGUUU